AUGCCGAACCAGAAGAGAGGACCGUGGACCUGCGAGGAGGACAAGCUACUGCUCAAGCUGAUCGACCAGCACGGCGCGUUCAAUUGGGUCAAGAUCAGCGCGUUGCUCAAGUCGCGGUCGCCAAAGCAGUGCCGCGAGCGGUACCACCAGAACCUCAAGCCGUCGCUGAACAAGACGCCCAUCUCGGAGCAGGAGGGCGAGCUGAUCCAGGAGCUGGUGGCGAAAAUAGGCAAGAAAUGGGCCGAGAUCUCGCGCGUGCUCAACAACGGGCGCUCGGACAAUGCGAUCAAAAACUGGUGGAAUGGCGGCACGAACAAGCGCAAGCGGGCGCGCAAGUCGAUUGCCGCUCGCCAGAUCAUACAGAACUACCACAUGCACUCGCUGCAGAGCUACGUGCAGACGCGCGAGCAGGCGGUCUACGUGCCCGCUGCGGCGACGCCGCCGCAGCAGCAGGGCAAGUUUGCGGAGCAGCAGGCCCUGCCUCCCCUGACCGCGCUCACUCCGAACAUGAGCCGGCGCAACUCGCUCGAGGUCGUGCCGCAAAAUGUCGGCUUCAAGGACGCCAAGCGGCAGUUUAUGCUCUACUCUCCGGAGGACAGCUCGCAGGCCUCCCGCUGCGCGAUUUCUGAGGGACCUGCGGCGAGUUUCGUACCACGCCUGCCUGCGCUUGCGCACCGUGCAGUGCCUCUCAGUGUGGCUGUCACGCCUGCAUCUCCGCAAGGCUGCCACAACGCGAUGCCCGGCACUGGGCCCGGUCUCGCAGAGCACCAGCUUGCCAUACAUUCGCCGCCGGGGUCGCGCGAGACUCUAUACGACACGCAUGACAGGAGCGCCCUCUGCAAGCUGGACUUCCUCCUCAACAAGGACGAGGCAAACAAGGCGGCGCAGGUCGAAUUCACGGCCGCGCCCGCCGCAUCUGGAGCUGACCACAAGUAG